CCUGGAAUAAUAUCUAUAAUUUAUCUAUAGUAUCUGCUCCACUAAAAUAAAAUGAUAAUAUCCUGCCAUCCUGGAAAUUGAGUGAUGCUAAUAUAAUAGAAUAAACUUUGCCUAAAACUACCAAAACUUCAAGACCCAUAAGUGAAAUCUAAGUCUUCGAUGGCUUCUACUCUAACACAAACCACACAAACCAUAAAUAGUUUCCACCUCUUCAUUCUAUAUAAGCAUACGAAUGAGUCAUACUGAUCAUCAUUCAUUAGUAAAUUAAGAUACAAUACUAAGAUGACAUCUUCUAAAGUAUCUUCCAUGCUUCUCUUUCUCCUCCUUCUCGUUCUUGUGUUUCCCCAUAUGGAUAAAGCCCUUGGUGAAAAAAGACAGCUCCACGAACUUAGCACAGAGCAUCCCGAUCAACUGAUGACGGUUGGAAGGAGCCUUCUCUUUCGCAUCCCUCCAUGCCCACCGUCCUUAUGUAAGCCUCGUCCGAUAAGAAUUCCUCCCCGACUUCGUACACCUCCACCCCCUCCACGGCAUUGAAGGUUUCCAAAAGGCAAAAACACAUGGAUCCCAAAAUAUUUGGAUGAAAAUAUAUUUUCGUAAUUCCUCACUAUAAAUGUAAUUCUGAAAUUUUCUUUCAAAAUAAAAAGAUCAUGCCACUCGGGAUGAUGGUAUGAUGAUAUGUUGUUGUAAGUUUUAAGCUAUUGUAUGAUGGUAUAUUUGUUGAUAUUAUUCAACGUAAAUAAAUAUAGUUUAUGGAUUUGUGUCGAUAGAGAAACUGGAAAGAAAGAAAAUUUUUAAAAGAAAGAAAUGAGAAGAUGUUUGAUACGACAUUCUAUAUUUUACAAAUGAUAUUUUCAAGUAAUUAUAAAUAUUAUUCAAUAGUAAUAUACUAAUAUAUAAACAAAAUAUAAUUGCAAAAAAAUUUGAUAGUAAUUUUUCUUUUACUAAUAUUUAUAAUUAUUUUUUAAAAGAAGCCUUACUAUUAAAUAAUAUUUAUGAUUAUUUUUUUUUAAAAAAAAAUUUUGACGAAAAAUCCCGUUUUGUGGUAUUGACGUGAAAUCACAGUUUUACGGUUUUAGCGGGAAAUCUCAAUUUUACGGUUUCAGCGGGAAAUCUCAGUUUUACGGUUUUGGCGGGAAAUCUAAAUUUUGCGGUUUUGGCGGAAAAUCUCGUUUUUGCGGUUUUGGCGGAAAACCUCAUUUUUGCAGUUUUGACAAAAAAUCUCAUUUUAACGGUUUUGGCGGGAAAUCUCCUUUUUGCGGUUUUAAUGAGAAAUCAUGUUUUUGUGGUUUUGGCAGAAAAUCUCAUUUUGCGGUUUUGGCGAGAAACCACAUUUUGUGGUUUUGUCGAGAAAUCAUGUUUUGUGGUUUUGGCGGGAAAUCUUGUUUUUGUGGUUUUGACAAAAAAAUCAUGUUUUGUUGUUUUGGCAGGAAUUCUCGUUUUUGCGGUUUUGGCAAAAAAUCAUGUUUUGUGGUUUUGGCUAGAAAUCUUGUUUUUGCAGUUUUAGUGAGAACUCACGUUUUUACGGUUUUUGGCGAAAAAUCUUGUUUUUGCGGUUUUAGCAAGAAAUCAAGUUUUUGCGGUUUUUGACAAGAAAACUAAAUUUUACGGAAAACUCAGUUUUACGGGUUUAGCUAGAAAUCUCGUUCUAUGGUUUUAGCAAAGAAUUUUAUUUUUGCAGUUUUGACAAAAAAAAACUCAAUUUUCAAAUUUUCUAAGUAAAAAUCAUUUUUGAAGUUUUAACCAUAGAUUAAUCUUUUUUGUUUACAAAAGUUUUUUUUUAUCUAAAAGGGGUAACCCCGUAAAAACCCUGUACUUCAUUGACCCAACCCUAAACAUGCCUAACACUACAAGAAAACGUGGGAGUAACGACUAUGAUUUACGACUACAAAUGUGUAGUCGUAAUUUACCUUCGACUUUACGACUAAGUUACGACUACCGGAAAGUUCGUCGUAACUUAGACGUAACCUUGCUACUAAAAGUUUUCGUCGCAAAUUGGUCGUAAAUUAACUUCGUGUUUACGACUACACUUUCAAGUAGUCGUAAAGUAGUCGUAAAUGUGCUACUAAUAAACAUCGAAAAUCUACCAUCUGAUUAACGACCAAUUUACGAGGAAUGCAGUUGCACAUUGGUGGUUAAGUUAUUAUCGGAUGUAAAUUCGUUGUAACAUCGUUACCCACCAAAAUUGAAAUUUCCCUAUAAAUAUGAUCUUCUCCCUCAUUCUUAAGAUGCACAAAAAAAAACGAGAAAGAGUAAAAAAAAAGCCUAGAAAUAUCUAUGAGCUUCGGAGUUGGAUGUAUGCGCAUAAAGAUUCAAGCGGAAGAGUAACAAAAGAAUUUCUCAACGGAGCAGAGAUGUUCAUGUACCACGCCGGACAGACAUCUCUCACACUAGAAACGGAUAAAAUGUUCUGUCUCUGUCGUAAAUGCAACAAUAGCAAGUUUGCUGCUAGUGAAACGGUUUGGAAACAUAUAGUAAAUUGAGGAUUUACUCCACAUUACUAUAUCUGGUUUAACCACGGAGAAGCUGAUAAUAUGAAUGAAGCUAGUAGUAGUAAUCAGGUUGAAAAUGUUCGUAACAGAGAGGAACCACAUUUACCUUCUGAAAGUUGUAACCUUCAAGAGGAUCAUAUGGUAGAUCAUGAUAGGAUGCAUGAUAUGGUUACAGAUGCAUUUCGUGAAACAAUAUCAGUAAUAGAGGAGGUAGAAAAUGUAGAGGGGCCUAAUUUGGAUGCAAAAAGAUUUUAUGAAAUGCUAGCAGCAGCUAAUGAGCCAAUUUAUGAUGGUUGUAGAGAAGGUCUUUCUAAAUUAUCAUUGGCAGCUAGGAUGAUGAAUAUCAAAACUGAUCAUAACUUACCUGAAGUUUGUAUGGAUGCAUGGGCUGAGUUGUUUAAAGAGUAUUUGAUUGAAGAUAAUCAGUGUGCUGAGUCUUAUUAUGAGAUUCAGAAACUGGUUCAUAGCUUUGGUUUACCUUCGGAGAUGAUUGAUGUGUGUAUAGACAACUGUAUGAUAUACUGGAGAGAAAAUGCAGAAUUGUUAGAGUGUAAAUUUUGCAAGAAGCCACGAUAUAAACCGCAAGGACGUGGACGGAAUAGGGUGCCGUACCAGCGGAUGUGGUACUUACCUAUCAAGGAUAGACUGAAGAGAUUAUAUCAAUCUGAAAAGACGGCAGCAACGAGGAGAUGGCAUGCAGAACAUACUGCAAGAUCAAUCAUCCCUCUGAUGCAAAAGCAUGGAAACACUUGAAUUCGGUGUACCCUGAUUUAGCAAGCAACCCCCGCAACUUUUAUCUUGGGCUCUGCACAGAUGGCUUUAGUCCAUUUGGAAUGUCUGGAAGACAAUAUUCGCUUUGGCCAGUCUUCUUAACGCCAUACAACCUUCCACCAGAGAUGUGUAUGGGAAAGGAAUUGCUUUUCACGAGUAUAUUGAUUCCUGGGCCAAAGCAUCUGAAGAGGUCCCUUGAUGUUUUUCUACAUCCUUUGAUAGAAGAAUUGAAGGAAUUAUGGUCAACAGGCGUGCAGACAUAUGAUUGUUCAACGAGAACAAACUUUACAAUGCGAGCAGUUCUUUUGUGGACCAUUAGUGACUUUCCUGCAUACAUGAUGUUGUCAGGUUGGACGACGCAUGGAAGGCUAUCUUGUCCUUAUUGUAUGGGAAGCACAGACGCAUUUCAGCUGAAAAAUGGCAGGAAGACGUCCUGGUUUUACUGUCAUCGGAGAUUUCUUCCCAUUAACCAUCCGUACCGAAGGAACAAGAAAUUGUUUUGGUCAAAAAGGGUUGUACGAGACACCGCUCCGCCAUAUUUAUCUAAAGAGGAAAUCGAGAAGGAUAUUGAUUACUAUGGUGCACAAGACACAGUCAAGAAAGGGGGUAAUUGGCAUACAACUGCAAAUAUGUCUGCUGGUUACGGGACACAGCAUAAUUGGCACAAGAAGUGUAUAUUUUGGGAACUUCCAUAUUGGAAAAAUCUACUUCUACGCCACAAUCUUGAUGUGAUGCAUAUAGAGAAGAACUUCUUUGACAACAUCAUCAAUACAUUGUUGAACGUCCCCGGGAAGACAAAAGAUAACAAGAACUCAAGGUUGGAUUUGUCUGCAUUAUGUUCUAGGAUUGAGCUGCAUAUUAGAAACGAUGGGAAAAUUCCGGUUUCCAUUUUCAGAUUAUCAGCAGAAGAAAAAGCAGCGUUGUUCAAGUGGAUGACAUCAGAUGUGAAGUUUUCUGAUGGAUAUGUUUCAAAUCUAUCAAGAUGUGUUUAUCAGCAGGGGCAGAAGUUUUCAGGGAUGAAGAGCCAUGACUGUCAUGUGUUUAUGCAACGACUUCUACCAUUUGCAUUUGCGGAGUUGCUUCCAAAAAAUGUUCACGAGGCACUUGCAUGUAACAAAUAAAGCUAUUAUUACUUCUUGUUGGAAAAAAACUUAUGAAAUGUAUUUUACGUUGGCUUGUACAUUUGCAGGCAUAGGAAAUUUUUUCAGAGAUCUUAGCGCACGCACCUUAACUGUAGAUGUCAUCAGACAACUUGAUGAGAAUAUCCCGAUCUUGAUGUGCAACUUGGAGAAAAUUUUUCCUCUGUCAUUUUUUUACGUCAUGGAACAUUUAGUUGUCCAUCUUCCGUACGAGGCAUUGCUUCGUGGACCUGUUCAUAUCGGAUGAAUUAUCCUUACGAGCGAGCCAUGAAAUAUUUGAAAGGGAAAGCCAAAAAUCUGGCUAGGGUGGAAGGUUCAAUAGUUGCUGGGAGUUUGAAUGAGGAAACAUCUCACUUCACGUCGUACUACUUUGGGUCCCAAGUCCGAACAUGGAAAACGACUACGAGAAGAUAUGAUGAUGGUGUUGUUAUGCCGACAUAUAUUGUUGAAGAUGUUUCAGACAUAUUCUGUCAGAUUGGACGUCUAAGUGGGAAAUUGAAAGAAGUUUGG